UUGUUCAACACGAGAGAGGACAGUGCCUUCAAGGAGGCCUUGAAACUCUACGAAUCAAAACAGUACAAGAAGUCCUUGAAGAUAUUGGAUCAGGUCUUGAAGAAGAACUCAAACCACAUCGAAUCCGUUUGCUUGAAAGGGUUGGUUUUGGAUCAGCAUUCCAAGGCGAGAUUGGAGGGAAACAACGCCAACAACUCUGGGGCCACUGCCACUUCCAAUGCCAACAACAACAUUUCGUUCCAAGAAUACAACCAAAACAUAUCUGACGCUAAAAACUAUAUUGAACGAGCAAUUGAGAAAAACGCAUUGAAAAACAACCCCAUCGUAUACCAUAUCAUUGCCAUUUAUUACAAGCAGAACUUGGAUUACGCCAACGCUGCCAAAUUCUACCAACUAGCGGUUGACAAUGAGGCUGUUAAUAAAAACAUCCCCAACGAUUUGUCCCUCUGUUUAUCUCAACUAAGAGACUAUCCUAAUUUAGUUAAAGCAAAGGAUUUGGUAUUGAACAACGCUCCUGGAUAUAGAGCGAAUUGGACUGCAUUGUCGAUUGCGUAUCAUUUAAAUGGCGAUUAUAACAAUGCAUUCAAACGUUUGACCCAAUUUGAAGCUUUAGCAAAGGGAAAAAUCUCCGAUGCCGAAAAAUAUGAACAUUCCGACUGUUUAUUAUACAAAAAUUCAAUAAUUUAUGAAUCUGGAAACAUUAAAAAGGCCCUUGAUGAUUUAGAAGUUAUAAAACCAUCCAUUAAAGAUUUUUUGACCUGGUUUCAAUUCAAGGCCAAAUAUUUCCUCUUGUUAAAGGACUACAAGAACGCCGCAAUUGCUUAUAGAACGUUAUUGAAAAGAAAUCCCGAUAAUAUCAGUUACUAUUAUAAUUUGGAAGUUGCUUUAAAAUUCCCAUCUGUUAAAAAUCCAGAAAAAAAAUUAGCUCUAAGAUUGAAAUUAUAUGACAAAUUAUCCAAAUUUUAUCCUAAAUCUGAUCCUCCAAAAUUCAUUCCUUUGACUUUUUUGAAUUCAGAAAAUCCGCUAUUUAAAAUAAAAUGUCAAGACUAUAUUUUAGAAAAAUUGUCUAGAGGUGUUCCAUCAACUUUUAAUAACUUGAAAUCUAUCUACAAAAAUGAGAAAAAAAGCAAAGUUAUUGAAUCAAUUGUUUUGCAAUUUUUAAAAGAUUUACUAUCGCCUUCAACUAAAAUCAAAGAUCCAACUGUAACCGCUUGGACCUAUUACUAUUUAGCUCAACAUUAUCUUUAUUUAAAUGAUACUGAGAAUGCAAAGAACUAUAUCGAUAAAGCAAUUGAGCAUUCUCCUACUUUAGUUGAGCUAUACUUGAUGAAAGCAAGAAUCGUUAAAAGAACUGGUGAUUUCCUUGAAGCAUCAAAAAUUAUGAACGAAUGUAGAUUAAUGGAUUUACAGGAUCGUUUUGUUAAUUGUAAAACAGCUAAAUAUUAUCUUAGAGCCAAUUUGGUUGAUGAGGCAAUCAAAACUGCCUCAAUAUUUACUAUCAACUCUAAAUAUCCAAACGGUUUGCAAGAUUUAUAUGUAAUGCAAUCAAGUUGGUAUAUCGUUGAAGAAGGUGAAGCAUAUUUCAGAAUUUAUAACCAAAAAUUAAAAGAAUUUCAAAAAUUUAUUACCAAUCAUGAAAAGAAGGAAUUUAUUGAAAAAAUUCUCAAUUCUACUAUUUCUAUUAGAGAAUAUACAAAGGAGGAAUUGAAAGAAAGAGAUGCCCUAUUGAAAAGUAUUAAAGAGAAAUUGUCGGAAAUUAAGAAAGCUAAGGGAUUGUCAAUGAAAAGAUUUGAUGCAGUGAUCAAGAUUUUUAACACAUAUUACAAUGAUCAAUAUGAUUUUCACACAUAUUCAAUGAGAAAGGGCACACCGCUUUCUUAUAUUGAAAUGGUAAAAUAUGAAGAUACAAUUUAUAAAUCAGGAGUGUUUCAAAGAGCCAUUAAAGGAAUUUCAGACUUGUAUUUUGAGAUUAACUAUGAACUAAAAUUUAAAAAGCAAUUUGAAAAUGCUGAAAAAAUUGAAAAAAUUGAAGAUAUCAAUUCAAUUUUAAGCAUUGAAAGUGAUUCGGAAUUGACAUUUUUGAAAGCAUUAAAGAUUUUAUUGAUUGAGAAUGACCAAGAUCCAUUUGGAAAUCAAUUAAUUUCCUGUUCAAAUCCAAUUGAGGAAUUGAAUCAAAAACUUGAACCUCUAUUAAAACAGGGACCAAAUUUAUUAUUUACGUUAAAAUUAUUAUUCAGAAUUUAUUUCAAUCAAAAUAAAUUUUUGUUGUGUUUCAAGAGCAUUAAAACCAUUGAUCAGUUA